GAUCAGAAUCGACAAGAAAAGCGAGCGGUGCGCGUUUAGAUGAGAAGGGUAAACACCGUGCCUUUACGCAUUUAGAGAAUACGGAUAAUGCUGCAAUAAUUUGGUGGCGAGAUCAGUUCUCUGGUUUAAUCGAGCAGAAGGCUGGAUUUGGAAAAUAAUUGAUUGCAGAACAAUGGCGAAUUCGGCGGUCGACAACGCCAUUGCUUUCAGCAGGUUUGCUUUCAUCAUUCUGGGAUAUAUAAGAGGCUUGAUUUAUGGACACAUUCGCUAUUCUGUUUCCGAGGAAAUGGAUAUCGGGGCUUUUAUUGGGAAUAUUGCCGAAGAUUUGAGAUUAAAUUUACCGCAAUUGUCCGAUCGUAAAUUUAGACUAAACUCAGAUGACGGCGGACGGUAUAUGAAGGUAAAUUUGGACAAUGGGAUUUUGUCUGUUCGUGAAAGAAUCGACAGGGAGCUUCUUUGUGGGCAAGCAGCAAUGUGUACUAUUCCUUUUGAAAUAAUACUGGAAAAUCCUUUGGCAGUAUAUCGCGGCGAAGUAGAGAUUCUUGAUGUCAAUGAUAAUUCCCCUACAUUCCGGGACAGUCCCAUUGCCUUACAGAUGUCUGAAGCAAUUACACCAGGGGUACACUUCCCACUCGAGAGCGCAGAAGAUCCGGAUAUUGGAUUAAAUACAGUCGCUGUUUACGCUAUCAGUUCCAAUGAAUACUUUAGUAUCAAAGCGCAGAAAACUGAGUACGGUGUUGUAAAUGCCGAGUUACAGUUAGAUAAACCAUUGGACAGAGAGAUGCAGUCAGCCUUUCAGUUGGUCCUGACGGCGACUGAUGGUGGAAUACCACAAAAAUCCGGCACAGCUCAAAUCCUCAUUACCGUGGUGGACUUCAACGAUAAUCCACCCAUAUUUGAUCAUGAGAUAUACAAGGGUAACAUCAGGGAAGACGCACCUCAAGGUACCUUGGUACUGACAGUCAAAGCAACUGAUUUGGACGAAGGUUUGAAUGCUGAGCUAACAUAUACUUUCAGCAAGUUAGCUUCACCAACAGUUCUCGAAUUGUUCAGUUUGGACCCCCAGCUGGGGGAGAUCCGGCUAGAAGGAGAGUUAGAUUAUGAAGAAGUGAACAGUUAUUCUCUGAAUGUUCAGGCUAUGGACCACGGAUCCCCUGCAAUUGCAACACGCUCCACCGUGUUGAUCAAGGUAACUGAUGUAAACGACAACCCACCCGAGAUAAAAGUGACAUCGGUCACGAGUAAAAUUCCGGAAAAUGCUCCACCAGGAACUUUAAUAACUUUGAUCAAUGUCAUUGAUCGGGAUUCUGGAGAAAACGGUCAGUUUCACUGUGACAUCCCAAAGAAUAUCCCCUUCAGACUUCGAAAUUCAUCGAAAAAUCAUUUUGAGUUGAUUACCAGUAAAAUGUUGGACCGUGAAGUGGUCGCUGAGUAUAAAGUACCUUUUUUAGCCCGGGACUUAGGGUCGCCGUCACUAUCUGCAAAUGAAACCAUCCAGGUUGUAAUUUCAGACGUGAAUGAUAACGCCCCACGUUUUGGUGCAUCAUCUUAUAACAUAUAUGUGAUGGAGAACAACUCUCCGGGCAGUUCUAUUUUCGCGGUAACUGCAAAGGAUCGUGACAUGGACCAGAAUUCUUAUGUUUCUUACUCAUUUGUGGAGAAUCUUAUCCAAAAUUUUCCUGUGUCCAGUUACCUCAGCAUUAACUCCAUGAACGGCACCAUUUACGUGUUGCGCUCUUUCGACUAUGAGAAACUCAAAAACUUCCAGAUCCGUGUUCAAGCCCGUGACGCUGGAGUGCCCCCGCUUAGCAGCAGCGCUACAGUGAAUGUGAUCAUAUUGGAUCAAAAUGACAACGCACCGGUAAUUGUUUCACCAUCAGAACAGAGUGGAUCAUCAGAGGAGGAAAGCGUUCCUCAGUCGGCCGGCCAAGGGUACUUGGUUACCAAAAUAAUCGCAACUGACGCAGAUUCCGGUCAGAACGCACGGCUUUCCUAUCACAUGGUGAAAGCUACUGAUCCCAGUUUGUUUAAAGUUGGGCAAAAUUCUGGUGAAAUUAGAACAGCGCGCAAUAUUCUGGCGUCCGAUGCUACUAGACAAACUCUCUUCAUCUUGGUUAAGGACAACGGGCAACCAAGCCUCUCCAGCACGGUUGCAAUACACAUUGCUGUUUUGGAGAACAUCACGGAAAAAGUGACUGAGACUGGUAACGUAUUGAGGAAUUCCGAACAUUUCACUGAUUUAAAUCUUUAUUUAAUAAUCAUUUUUGGUUGCACUUCCUUUCUCUUUCUUGUGAUUAUUCUUCUACUAAUUGGCAUCAAAUGCAGGCAAAACACAAAUAUCUCCCAAGACUAUAUUUCUUCCAGUUGUUGUGGAGGUCCUAACUAUAGUUUCAAUCGAAGACCUGAAAUGGAUGAAACCUUACGCUAUCCUGGGACUGGCCGCAUGAUGCGUGCACCAGUAGCGCACCAUUACUCGGUCUGCCUGUCUCCAGAAUCAGCAAAGAGCGAUUUUCUCUUUUUGAAGCCAUGCAGCGCACCCGCUUCUCAGGCCAACUGCUAAAUUAUGACGAUCCGCUUACAUCACAACUGACCUAUUGGCGAACAUAUUUCAUUUAUAUAUCCAUGAAUGUUGUUCAUUAUGAGCGAUGUCUUUAAGUAAACAUUUCCUUUCUGUAUGCGUUUGUUUGUAAUAGUGGGGCUGA